CAUUGCUCCCAGCAGUAUGAUUCUAACAAUCAAUGCUUUCUUCCAACAACAAAUUCCCAUCGCCCAAACUCAUCACUUGUGUCUGGUGCGCCGCGCUCCACUCGAACAUCUCCCGCAGCUUUUAUUUUUCAUAGAAUCCCUUCUUUUAUUCUCUCUCGAAAAUAAAAUAUUACUCGCUUUUCAUUUCAGUUUGUCCGAAAAAUCAUUAUCUCCCAAAACCCUAAUUCUUAAGCUCAUUGCUACAAAACUUCUCUCGAUUUUCUCUAUGCUUAGUAUUUUUUUGGAGAAGAUGCUUGCUCAAGUAUUUGACGGCUUGUAAAUGUUGGAGAGCCUCGGGUAAUAUAUUGAAACGAAAAGAAAUUUGGGUUUUUUUUUUUUCCUUUUUGGUUUGUGUAUAAAAAUGGCGACUCUGGAAGAUAUUGUUGCUGCGACAAAAAUCCUCUCUGAUGAUCCUGACUCCGAAAUGGGGGUCUCGGAUUCUAAACCGGAGGAAGAUCAAACUAGGGUUUCUUUUCUGAGGAAAUGCGAUGGUGGUUCUGAUCCUGAUGUUGUUGUUAACGAACAAGUUGUACAGAGUGAAGUUAUUGUGGAGUCUACUAUUGAUGUGAAUGGUCCCAAGGGCGAACUUGUGAAAACUUGCAACGAAACAAAUGAAAUUGGUGAGAAUUCUUUGGAGGAAACGAAGGAAUGUGAGUCUACUGGUGAUAAGCAAUUGAAUGGAAGUGGGACUGAUGUUAUGGAUGUGGAUGGAGAUGGAUGUGACGAAGGGACUGGUGAGAAGAAUGAUGAGGACAAAGGGUUUCUUGUGGGGGAUUUCGUUUGGGGUAAAAUCAAGAGCCAUCCAUGGUGGCCGGGACAGGUCUAUGAUCCAAAAGAUGCUUCAGAGUUUGCUAUGACUCGUAAACAGGAGGGUCGUCUCCUGGUGGCCUUUUUUGGGGAUGGUUCUUGUUCUUGGUGCUCACCGUCACAGAUGAUACCCUUUGUGGAUAAUUUUUCAGAGAUGUCGAGAGAUAGUUGCUCUAAGAGCUUUCUUAACGCUGUACAGAGGGCUACGGAUGAGGUUGGUAGGCUAAUGGAGUUAGAGAUGACGUGUAAAUGUAUCCCCGAGGAGAAGAAAGACAGCCUUGCUAAGCCGGAGGUGACAAAUGCCGGAUUGAGAGCAGGGGUUAUCAUGCCAGAGGUAGAUGUUUGCCGGCUUUCUUUCCCCAAGUUUGAACCUGCAAAUGUGUUGGAUAAAGUCAUGCAAUUAGCAAAGGUGGUUUCUGUGGGGAAUGCUCUCGACGUUGCUGUCUUGAGGAGUUGGUUGUCUGCAUUUUAUUAUUUCAAAGGUGGUCAUGUGUUGCCUGUGUAUCAUGGACCCUUUGAUAUCGAAGGUUUGGAAGACAAGAAUCGAGAUGUAAAUGGGGCUGCAGAUGAUUUCAGUGUUCCAAUUGAAGUCCCUAUCCUCGGCCCACAGGACGAUGAUUGGCUCUCUUCGCCCACAGCUCGUUCCGUGAACUCACAGGCUCCAUCGGAGAGUAAGGUUUUGCAUAAAAGGAAGCAGAGAAGUGUGGCUGAGCUCAUGGGAGAAAACAAAAAUACUAAGGCUGACAGUCGGAAGCUGUUGGCUUCAGUUAAAGAGGGCUCGGAUGUUGAGAAGUCCAGGACCACCCGGAAGAGGAAGAAGGAUAGUGAUGGAGAACUAAAGGGAGCUGGCAGCGAGCAGCCUUCUUCAACAGGGAAGAGAGGUAGGAACAGAAAGGCUGAGGUUAUGAUAACAGAUGACAGCUCAGUUGGUGCAAAUGGAGGCAAAUCGUCACGAAGACCAAAGGAAAUUGAUGUUUCUGCUACUGAAAAUGAUGCCUCUGAAGCCAGAUAUGACUCAGAAACAGUGUCUACCCCGAGGGAGAGGAAGAAGAGCAAAUACUUAUCUCCUCCAUAUACGAAUCUUGCAUGGAGACUGGGUAACUCGAGCUUUAAGUCGGAAGCACAAGUUGAGAACGGUGAAGCUCCCAAGACGGAUGAGGCAGGUGAGCGCUCAGAGGAUCGUGACAUUGCUACUUCUCAGACUAUCUUGAAGUCUGUGGAUAAUGGGCCGACAGGAAGUGUCAGUACAUCUGUUGACAAUGGUACGCUGGCAGUAAAGGCUGGUAAGAAACUGAGUUUCUCUGUGUCUGAUGUUGAUGUCCCGGUUAAUGAAUUGCUGUUAGAUAUACAGCACGCAGCUCUCGACCCAUUUCACCUAAGCAAGAAGGGCUCCCUUGAUAUGGUUUGGGCGUUUGUCUCUGUUCUCAGAAGCUCAACCUACUUGCACGGAGCAGACUAUAAAAUAUAUCUCAAACGCAAGACAGGUGGGAACAGAAAAUCACUGCCAUCGCAGAUAAGGGAUGUAAGCAACGAAGUAAUUGAGGAGAAAACGGCCAAAUCACCGGACCAGAAUACUCCCAGAUCAUCAAAGACACCGAAGAACUCCAAGAAAUCCGCUCAGGCUGCCGUAGAAUCUGAACAAGUUAAAACUAGGCCGUGCCUUAGUCUGGCUUUCACGCCCGGAUUCCCUUUGCCUUCAAAGAAAGAAGUUGUGGGGAUGUUUGGCAAGUUUGGGAGCCUCAAUAUGAAGGAAACUAGGGUCGAAAAAGAUAGUAACUCGAUCCGGAUUGUGUACAUGAAGGAGUCUGAUGCAGAAGCUGCCCUCAAAUCAUCAUCAAGCCGGUGUCCAUUUGGUUCAGGGAAUGUUAGCUACGCGUUGCAGCGCUCUCCAGCUGGUUCUAAGUCGCGGAGAUCUCAUCCAAAAGUGCCUCCUCCUGAGACACGAGUAGCUGAGGAUUUGGUUUCGGACCUCAAUACCAUCAAGCGGAAGCUUGAGAUAACGACAGCCAUCGUUGAGAACUACCAUUCGAAAUUCUCAUCUGAGGACAAAUCGGGUUUGAAGGACGAAAUGAAGCAUCUGAUGGAGAAAAUGGAGACGGUUGGCGACAUGGUAAGAGUUAUUGCUGAGAAAAGCACAUCAUAAGAAUAUGUGGAUCUGAUGUUGUCUGCAAUUGUUGUAGAUGUUUUUGGUUGAGUUGGAUGAAGACGAGCACCAGUUUCUUAUUUUAUUUUUCUUUUGCUGUAGCCUUUUGUAAAUUGGCAAUAGGAUUAGCAGGGGUUGCGUGUAUUGGAUUAAAACUAUUGGUUAGAUAUACUCCUGCUGCUGCACCUGCUGUACCAUUCAAACAACCCUAGCUUUCUCAUUGGUAUUUUA